AAAAGCAGAAGAUUGUGAAUACCAAAAAAUUGGUCUUAUUAAUUACUUAGUUAGCUACUCUUUAUUAUAGUUCAUUAAAAACAACAAACAUCAACAACGUCUUCCUCCAACCAAAUCAACCAUCAAUUCGACAUCAGGACAGGAUGUCAACAUUUAGCUUCAGGAGAAGUGGAAAGAAAGCCUUUAGGCACAUCGCUCACGGCUUGAUCCCUGCAGCCACCAUCGCCCCCCGGCCUGCUGUACCCCGUACCCCUCCCCCUCGCAGCCCGUACCCCUCUCCAGAAAGACCCAGGUCUGCCUUGGCAGCCGCCAUCUUGUCGUCGUCGUUGACCGGCCGGACCAUCGCUCUCCCUCCUGCACGCCCCAGAUCCUUCUCCGAGAGUGACUGCUCACGCUCAGAGACACACACCACAUUCGAGCCUUACGCCAGCACAGCGCUCUACACUAGAGACGGAGAGCCAGAAUCCUUGGCUGGCCGGCCUCGCUUGCCCUCUCCUGGGCUCUCUGAAGACCAUGAUGAUGAAGAGGAGGAGGAGGAGGACUUAGAGAGAUCGGUUCUGUCAGAUGAAGAUGGUCAUGUCUACCAAUCUCUGGAUCACCGUGGGAGAAGUCCGACCAGAGACAGAUAUGACAUCUACGCCCGGCCUGUAAAACAGAGUGAUGUUCUGUCAGAGGGCAGAGAGGAGACUGAUGACUCUGCCUUCGACAUAGUGUCCCCUCUACCCCCAGAGGAAGCCGAGGUUCAUCAGAUGUUUCCAACACCAGUUCAGAAGGUAAAACACUUUUCUUUGUAUCUUUCUGCUGUAAUGUUUUUCCUUGAGAUUGGAUACAUCCCAUAUUAUUCCCUAUAUAGUGCACUACGCCACACCGUCCAAACUGGAGCAGAGGCCAUCGUCUUGGUCUCAGAAGCAUGCCUUCCCCAGUUGCAUGUUUCAGAGGGAAGUGAUGAGAGGAAUUACACUGACUCUGUGUGUAUACCUAAACUACUUAUUCUCUCAGAUUUGACAGAAGAAAGCUUCCGUGCAUCUAAGAAGAGGUCUUCAGCCCAGAAGACCAAGAGUUCAGGAAGCAGGAGAGAUGGACCAUCAGAGGCCAGCAGUGCCUACAGAGAGGUUCUGGACAUGCAGAAGGAGAUGGUUCGGUCUUUAACAGAGCAGAACCAGGCCCUGGGGGCAGACAGGAGGGUGCUGGAGCAGAGGUGUACAGAACAGAGCCUGCAGCUGCAGAGGAGCCACCAGAGGGUCCAGAGUCUGGAGCGGGAACUCAGCAAGGCCCCUGUCCCUACAGCAGGUGAGCAGGCAGAGCUGCUGAGUCUGAGGCAACAAGCCCAGGAGGUGGUAGACGAGAACGACAGCCUGAAGAUGACCGUCCAUCGCCUCAACGUGGAGCUCAGCCGCUACCAGACACGCUUCAGACCCCUGAGCAAAGAAGAGAGCUCCAGGACCCAUGGCCUGCCACUUAAAGGAUCUGCUCCUCCCUGGCUGCUGGACAUGAAGUAUUUAUCUCCAUUGUUGUUGGCUUAUGAAGACCGGCUCACUGAGAAAGAUGCUCUCCUGCAGGCCUCGGAGGAGGAGUUGAGAAGUUUCCGGGGCCGUGUGGAGGAGGUGGUGCAGGAGAACCAGAAGCUACACCAGGACCUGAAACAGACAGGAGGAGUCAGCCACAAGGAGUGGAGGCAUCUCCAGGAGCAGGCCCGUCUGGUACUUCAGGAAAAUCAGGUCCUGAUAGAGCAGCUGGAGGUGCAGCAUACGAAGGCAAAGGACAGUCAUGGGAGACAUUUGACUGAGGUCUCUAAGGUGUGUAAGCAGUUGAUGUUGCUGGAGGCAGAGAAGCAGAGACUGGAGGGUGAGCUGGAGGUAACGAGGAGAGAGCUCCACACACUGCAGACAGAACACCUGCAGGCACGGUGCAGUCUGGAGAAUGCAGUCAGCUGGGACGAACACCACGCCAUCGCCACCAAACUCAAACGCCAACUGGAGGCUGAUUCAGGCCGUCAGCAGACUGAGCUGGAGGAGCUGCAGCAGAGAGUGACGAGUCUACAGACAGAGAAGAACAGUCUGCUGUUGGACAAAACCAACCUCACUGCUGACAUCAAGAGUCUGGAGGCUGACCUGGAGGUGUCCCGACAUGCCAACAGAGUCUGGAGGCUGACCUGGAGGUGUCCCGACAUGCCAACAGGUACUCAGACCCUGACCCCUAACCCUAACCUCACUGCUGACAUCAAGAGUCUGGAGGCUGACCUGGAGGUGUCCCGACAUGCCAACAGGUACUCAGACCCUGACCUGACCCCUGACCUCUAA